UCCUUAUCUCUAGCCCUCGUGGAGUGAAUUUCACAUCUUAUCUUGUAACUAGAUUUGAUAGGCGACGCCACAGUUGAACAACUACAACUGGACUGUUUGAUUUUAAAAAUUUGUGAACGGUCUCGAAGCGUCUGGUGUUAUUACACUACACUAAAGUCGUAACAGUUUUUCUUAAUCUAAAUAUUGUUGUUCCAAAAUUCAGUAUGGGAAAAGUACGUAGGUACAAGAAAAAAUUAGCCAAAGCCGCAGAAGGGUCGACGAAUGUCGACGGUGGAAAUGAAGAACAAUCUCAACAAACGAAUUACUUGGAAUUGGCUGAAGAGCUAAUGCAAAUGAAGAGAGACGACGACAAGAUGAGCGUCUGUUCCGUGAUGAAGAGUGUCAAAUCUUGUGGCGGUGGUGAAUCUCUAAAACUGAAAAAGGACGCAAAGCGGUACUUGAAACAUGCAUUCCUAAUAAAAAAACUUGGGGUGGCGCAGGAAAAGUUGAAAAAGAGGAAGAAAAAGUCUAAUAAAAAUGAUGAAAGUGAUGAUGACGACGACAAUCAUGGUGAUGUUGAAAUGAGCAACCAAAAAGUACUGGAUUGGCCAGUCGGAAGAACAAAUAAUGGGGAUAAACAAAUUGCCCCUGUUAAGAAACAUAGAAAAGGAUGCCAAAAAAAACAGAAUGCCCAACUAGCUAAAGACUUGACGUUGUUUUCCAAAAAAAUUAAAAAGCAAUUGAAGCACCCAGAACAAAACGUCUUCAAAACAUGACUCAAUUUUUAAUGUUUGUAUUUAAAUUAAAAAUAUAUUUUUAGGUUAUAACAUUUUUUGUU